AUGAGAGCUGCACGUCUUCUUCAUCUUCGAAGUCUUUUACAAACUCGUACACAAUGUCGAGUAAACAGUAUUCUCAGUCACGAACCAUCGGGUCCAAAAAUGAACACAGAAAUACCAGGUCCAAAAUCGAAAGAGUUCAUCAAAAAACUCGAAAAAACGCAAAAUCCUUUCAGUACAGUUUUUGUACUCGAUGUUGAAAAAUCGAUAGGAAAUUAUUCAGUCGACAUUGAUGGCAAUGUCAUGUUGGAUGUUUAUGAGCAAAUUGCUUCUCUUCCACUUGGGUACAACCACCCAUCAAUUCAAAAAGUAUUUCAAGAUCCAAAAAACUUGAGUCAACUUGUGAAUCGACCAGCACUUGGAGUUCAUCCAACUCCUCAAUUUAUUAAGCAAAUAGAGGAAAUACUUUUGCCAGUUGCGCCUAAGGGCCUUGAAUAUGUUCAACCCAUGAUGUGUGGUUCAUGUUCUAAUGAGAACGCAUUCAAAGCUAUUUGUAUUUGGUAUGCCGAUAAACAUCGUGAUGGAAAGCCAUUUACUGAUGAAGAUUUAAAAUCGUCUAUGUAUAACAAAGCACCAGGUUGUCCCACUGUUUCUCUUAUGUCAUUUGAAGGAGCAUUCCAUGGAAGAACAUUUGGUGCACUAUCAUGCACACAUUCGAAGCCGAUUCAUAAACUUGACAUUCCAAGCUUCGAUUGGCCCAUUGCACCAUUUCCAAGAUAUAAAUAUCCAUUGGAAGCCAAUGAACGAGAAAAUGCAAAAGAAGAUGAAAAAUGCUUAGCUCGUAUCGAAGAACUAUUUCAUGAAUACAAAUCAAAACAGAAGCCAGUCGUUGGUGUUGUAGUCGAACCAAUUCAGAGUGAAGGUGGUGAUUAUCAUGGAAGUCCAAAUUUUUUUCAACAAUUACAAAAAUUAACGAAUCAGAAUGGUGCAGCAUUACUUGUCGAUGAAGUUCAAACAGGUCUUGGUGCCACGGGGAAAUUCUGGGCACACGAAUAUUUUAACUUACCUGCAUCACCUGAUAUAGUAACAUUUUCGAAAAAAUUUCAAACUGGAGGUUAUUUUGCUAAAGCAAAAUUCCAACCUAAACAGCCUUAUCGUAUUUUUAAUACUUGGAUGGGUGAACCAGCAAAAAUGUUAGUGUUAGAUGCAAUAUUGAAAACAGUAAAAGAAGAAAAUUUAAUUGAAAAUACACGAAAAACUGGUGACCUAUUUUUAAAUGGUUUAAAAAAUGUCAGCAAACAAUAUCCCCAAUUGGUUCUUAAUACACGUGGUCUGGGUACAUUCUGUGCAUUUGAUAUGCCGAAUGCGUCAGUACGUGAUAAAUUUAUAAAUCAAAUGAGAAAUGCCGGCAUUCAAAUAGGUGCAUGUGGUGAUGUAUCUGUACGAUUUCGACCAGCAUUAAUUUUUACGGAAAAACAUGCUAAUAUUGUUCUUAACAAAAUGGUUGAAGUAGCCAAGAACUUUUAA